UAAACAUAAUAGUUUUUCUAUCAAGUUGUCAUCAUUUGUAGAUCUCAGAAUCCUCUUGUCAUUUUGAGUUAAAAUCUAAUCUGACAACAAAAUAUAAUUUAUAUAUCAAAAAUGUCUGAAGAUUUAAAAACAUUAAUGGACAUGGGUUUCUCCAAGCUCAAAGCAGAAAAGGCUCUUGCUGUAACCAAUUACAAAGGCAUUGAACCUGCAAUGGAUUGGUUAUUGGCUCAUGCUGAUGAUCCUGAGCCAGAAGAAAGUACAGAAGAACACAAACCUCCAGAAGAUACAAUUGAAUCGGCAACCUCAAACAGUGCUGAAGAAGCACAAUCACUUAAAUGUGAAGAAUGUGGUAAACUAUUCAAAACUCACUCUGAAGUUGAAUACCACGCAGCAAAAUCUGGCCACAGUCAGUUUGCUGAAUCAACAGAAAUUAAAAAACCACUUACGGAAGAAGAAAAAAAGGAGCAACUCAUGAAACUAGAAGAGCGUUUAAAACAAAAACGUAAAGAGCGAGAAGAAAAAGAGAAGGUGGAACAGCUUGAGCGGGAAAGAUUAAGAAUUAAAUCAGGAAAGGAUAUGCUCGAAGCCAAGAAAAAACUUGAAGAUAUGGAAAUUAUGAAAUUAGUUGCUGAAAGAAAACGAGAAAAAGAAGAAGAUAAAAAAGCUAGAGAAAGAGUUAAAGCUCAAAUAGAAGCUGAUAAGGCUGCUAGAAGAGCAAAAGCAGCUGGUGUUGCAGAACCCGCACCUCCAAUUCAACCAGUUCAAACAAUUCAGCCAACAGUAUCAAGAGAUUAUUCUUCUGCUAAGCUUCAAAUACGAAUGCCUGACGGUUCUGCAUUUACACAAUCAUUCGGUGCAAAGGAACAACUUUCUGCUGUUCGUUUGUUUGUUCAAAUGAAAAAUUACUUUGGAGCAGAUCAACCAUUUACCUUAAUGACUAACUUUCCUAAAAAAAUAUUCACAGAAGAUGAUUAUGAAAAACCUUUAGACUCAUUAGGACUAGUACCAACAGCUGUUGUCAUUGUAACAAAAGGUGGUGCGUAGGAUUUGUGAUGAAUAUAUUUUUAAAAGAUAAAUGGUGUAUGAAAAAUAUUUGAAUGAAAGAAU